GAGCAGCAGAAAAAGAGUGCGAUGUUCACGGCUUUAAAAGAUUCUAAAAGAUGCCAAGAAGCGAACGUAAAAAAAACCCCAACAACCCCAGUGUUCUCGGAAAUCCGAAAUAGAGUGUGAAUGAGACCUGAGAGUAGUGACUAAUUACAGAGAUGCAAGGAGUGGAGUUUUUAAGUUACGCAAAAUUCCAUCUGAUCUAGAAUCUCUACCUGAGUGGACCCCAAACACAGUGGUGACGUUCGAAGGAUAAACAAUUAUUGCACCAUGAACGCCGUCAGUGUUCUACUGAUACUGCUGCUCAUUCUGCGCUGUCCAGCCUCGCUCGCUCAUCAGUACCCGCGGUACAGUCCACACAGAGAAAUAGAUGAAAAGAAUCAGGUCCUGACAACGAACGUCUGGUUGGAUCAGGAAUGGACUGAUGAGAAACUCAAAUGGAACAAAAGUCUACACAACGACAUUGGGAUAUUGCGCAUGCCCUGUGAUUUCAUCUGGCUUCCGGAUAUUGUUCUUUACAACAGCGUGGACAACCACAACAAAGGCUACAUGCGCAGCCUUGCCAUGGUGCACCAUGACGGAACGGUGUUCUGGCCGCCUAUUGUAAGAAUGCGGAGCUCCUGUAAGAUGGACAUCACAUUUUUCCCCUUCGAUGACCAGCUGUGUGCUCUUGUGCUGGGCUCCUGGGCCUAUGAUGGAUUUCAGUUCUUCCCUCUCCAGAUCCGGCGGCGCGUCCUCUACUACUUCCUCAACGUGAUCAUCCCCUGCAUGCUGUUGUCCAGCCUGUCGCUGACGGGCUUCCUGCUGCCCCCAGACUCCGGGGAGAAGGUCACCCUAGGCCUCACUGUGCUGCUCGCCUUCUCCGUGUUCAUGUUGCUGGUGGCGGAGAACAUGCCUCCUACCUCGGAGUACAUCCCCCUCAUAGGUAUCUACCUUACCGUCAUCAUGGCCAUGUCAGCGCUGUCGGUGGCGCUGUCUGUCUUCGUGCUCAACUGCCACCAUCGAGGCACCUCCAUGCACCGCCCGCCACGGCUGGUCCGCGGCAUGUCAAUCGCCGUGGCCAAAAUGUUCUGCAUGAGGCUGCUGUACCUCAACAAAAGCGUCAACGUUAAUAACACUCACUCCUUCGGGGCUUCCGACAGACAGACGCUCAUAGACGACCCACACUUCACCCCGCCCCCUCAGCAGAGCAGCGGCAUUCAUUACCAAAGCACGCUGUCCAACAAUUCAAGGAAUUCUACCCAAAUAACGCCUACAUCAUCGUUACACGACAUGACCUCGCAACCUAUCAUAGACGAGGCAGACAAUAGUGGGAGGAGCUGUAAUGGCUCGGUGGCGGCUGGCUCCGCCCACCGAACGACGAAUUCAGGGCGGGGGCGGUUAAACAGCACGCGUAGCUUGAUGGAAGGCCAGAUUUUGUACUACCUCAAGUCGGUGCUGGAAGCAUACGACCGCGGUCACGGGGAGAGAACGGCUGUGUUGGAAUGGCAGGAGGUGGCACGGGUGUUGGACAAGUUCUUUUUCUGGCUUUUCGUCGCUAUCACGUUCAUGACCACAGUGUUCUUGCUGCUCAUAAGCCCGAUUACCAAGCACUUAGAGUUCCCGGAGGAAUGAAAGCCUC